GUGUCGACGAGAAAGAGGAGCUUGGUCCGUGCUGGAGAUGCGCGAGUGUGCAGCGACCGCGCGGGUCCAGCAGCUUCAGGCUAACGUCUUCUAGGCCGAAAUAUAGCUCUGGAAAAAAGAGCUAUCACGAAUGGCGAAUGAAGAGGCUGCGGCCGGCACCUCUGCUGGCGGAACCGCGGCGCAGGCGGUGGUACCUGCAGGACAAUCCGGGGCCCCGUCUGGACCCUGCGCAGAGGAAAACCGACCGUCCGCAGAGUCCGUAGAGCCACCUGAGAGGCGUGCACAGCUCCUUGUCACGAUGAUAUGUGCUGUCAUACUGGUUAUGGUUUUCUCCAUGAUCAUCUAUCGAAUGGCGAAUGAGAAGCCGGCUUCGCAAAAAUUCGUCAAGAGCAGUCCUACAUCACGAGCUCUGUCCAACGACCCCAGUGUGUUUACGGAGAUGCCUGUUCGGGCUACAACGAAGGGACUGUUUGCGCGUGCUGACCAGACCACCAGUACGGGAGGGACAAACCGGACUCCGUCGACAACUGUUUCCACGACCGCAGACGUAAAGCAGCCAGAUGCGAAGCCCGACGACCAGCCGCCACCCCAAGGCCGAAUGUUUAGACGACGUAGUUCUGCAAGAGAACUGAUCUGUGUCGUUACCGAGAUGACAACGCAGCAAGAUCAGUAUCCCGGAAGCUACUGCACACAUCUCAUUUACUCCGACGUCGUGUAUGAUCCUAAACAUCGGAAAUUUCUGGCCACAAAGAAUGACAAGAGCUUCGAACUCUUUCGACGGAAUCAGCGAUCGGCGAACAUGAGCCACCUGGUGGCUCUCAAUCCGCAUCAAACGCUGAACGUAUACCUGAACGGCCUCACAGACAUGGAAGUACAGUGGUACUUUGUCCAAAUGAUAGAGUCCCUCCUCAGCGACUACCGCUUCGAUGGUGUCUCCUUCAUUGGUAUAGAGCUCUCACUGGAAAAUACUCAACAGUUCUCCAGAGUCAUCGAUAAGCUAAAAGAGGCGCUGAAAAAGAAGCCGUCCAGGCAAUUCUUUCAAAUCAUUUUUGGCGGAUUCAUCUCUGACAUUGACAGUGACGCUAUGGAGGUCGCCAACCGGCUGAGAGUCAUUGCAGAAGACGUGGACAUAUUUAUUAUUGAAACCCACUACCAGAGGCCGCUGCCCCUCUGCAAAACUGUGUUUCCCUCAGCCUACGGUCCUUAUGGGUCAUUCUCGCCAAGUGUGCCAAUGAGCACUGGGCUCAACUGGAUAAAGGCGAUGCAACUUCCUCAUAACCAGAAAGCCGGAAGGAACACUAAGGUUUGCCUUUCAAUCAGCAUGGUUGCCUUACUCUUCAAGAUUUCAGGCACGGUGGACCACCUUCAGCCGGGCAACCCGUGCUUCGAGGAAAUAUGGAUGAACUAUGCAGAGACUUGUAUUGGCCAUGGAUGGAGCAACGUCAAGACGCAUCCUACAGCGAUGUCAUCGUUCAGGCACAAAAUUAAGUUUUGGCAGUCGUUUGACACGGACAGCUCAGUGUCGAGAAAGGUCGAGCUCGUGCUAGACCAAGCCAACAAGACGUGCGUUGCGGCCUACUACGUUGACUAUGAAGAUUACUAUGGUAUGUGCCAGAACAAAGUUGCCUUUCCGAGGCUCAAGGCAGUACGAGAGGUGCUGAACAAGAAGACAAACUUAGAUGAAGACAUCGAUCUCUUUGGACACGAGUUUUAGUCAAAUGGUCAAAGUCAAAGAAAGUGUAUAGAAACAGCUUCUGCUUUGUUGUAGGCAUUUAUGGUCAUGUAUCCUCGUGCUACUACUCAUCAGUUCACUGCCUACCAGAGCUAGUGACCAUCAUUAAAAAAAUACAGAACGA